CGGCCGACGAAGUAGAACGCCUCGUUGGGAAAGAGCAGGAGCAGCUCUUGGUUAGGUCCCGCAGCUGCAGAGCUCUGCACUCAGGGGGGGAAGAUGUGUAGGCUCUGAAGAGCAGAAUUUGAUGGCCUCAAGUUGGGUAACUAUGAAACCAAGGUUUCAUCUGUGCAAUGGAAGAAUUAAUAUCUCAUCCAGGCCUGCAGAGGUCAUGAUGGUCUCUGCCGGUGUUGGUGGCCGCCGCAGUCACGGUGAGAUUCCGCCAGGAUCUCAGCAGCGGCCUGCCCCGGGGCGGGGGCCGCCCUCCCUCUGCCCAGCAGCCGCUGGGGCCCGGCCCGCGGGCCGUGCUGGGCAGGGGAACCGGCCGGCAGCCAGAUGUGAACACCUGCUGGGGCCUGGCCCGGCCCAGCGGGGAUGGAGCCCGGCGGGCUUCCCGAGAAGGGGCCCGGCCCCUCAGCCGCACCUGUUACCUGCUCCCAAUCCAGAAGAAAAGAGAGCUUUCCCAGGUCUUAAUGGAAGAAAAUACAUGAGGACCACAUCAUGGCCAAGAUCCUGAGAAGCAGGUGAGUGGAACAAAGAGGGGAGGAAAUUUGUUGCCCCAUGAACUA